CAGCACUGACUUCAUUUCAUUAAAGUGCGGAGACGCUCCUCGUUCCCAGAGGACCCCUGGUCAUUGCAGCUAUGAUGUCCGUGGAUAAACCCAAGCCAUUCUAUGUUUGCAUACUAAAUGUGUUUUUUUUUUCACCCUCAAUCCAGUGACAGAAGUUCUAAUGUGCUUUAAUAUUGAGUGAGAGCAAUAUUCGUCGGCGCAUCGUCGUGAAAUGCGCGCGCCCGUGCGAAAUCCUCAAAACCCGCAGAAAGACACACAAGGCUCUUAUUGUUACAGAAACAGAGUGGAGUGCCAAACGUGAAUGAUCUCCACUGGAGAGAUGUAACCACAGUCACACCUACACUGGAUACCGGAAAUGCAUUGAAAAGUCCUGGAAUCUGGCACAGCAAAAUGGAGAAGCUCAGAUUUUCUUGAUACAACCCAUCCUUUGCGGGUCACAGCACAGACGGACACACCAUGGAUCUCCUUUGGGUUCUGUGCUCCACGCUGACUGUAUGUAUGGCCAUCAAUAUGGAAGCUACUGGAAGCCAUAGCCUGUUUACCUGUGAGCCUAUCACAUUAAGGAUGUGCCAGGGUCUCUCCUACAAUACCACCUUCAUGCCCAACCUUCUAAACCACUAUGAUCAGCAGACCGCUGCUCUCGACAUGGAGCCCUUUCAUCCCAUGGUGAACUUGGAGUGUUCUACUGAAAUACGUCCAUUCCUGUGUGCCCUGUAUGCACCCGUGUGCACCGAGUACGGCCGCGUGACACUGCCAUGUCGGCGCCUGUGCCAGCAUGCCAAGAGCGAUUGCUACAAGCUGAUGGACAUGUUUGGGGUCACCUGGCCAGAAGAGAUGGAUUGUAGCAGGUUUCCAGACUGUGAUGAGUCUUACCCCAGAGCAAUAGACCUGCUCCCGAGCCGUGACGAGACGGAGGAAUCUCCCACAUCAGUUCAGCGGGACUACGGCUUCUGGUGCCCACGAGAGCUGAAGAUUGAACCUGACUUGGGCUACUCGUUCAUGGGCGUGCGUGACUGCUCGCCUCCCUGCCCGAACAUGUACUUCCGCAAAGACGAGCUCAUCUUCGCCCGCUAUUUCAUUGGCGUUGUCUCCAUAGUCUGCCUGUCGGCGACGCUCUUCACUUUCCUGACCUUCCUCAUCGACGUCGGGCGCUUCCGUUACCCAGAACGGCCCAUCAUUUUCUACGCGGUCUGCUAUAUGAUGGUAUCCCUAGUCUUCUUCCUGGGCUUCCUGCUGGAGGAUCGCGUGUCAUGCAACGCAGCAAGCCUGGGUCGUUUCCGCGCCUCGACCAUCACCCAGGGCUCCCACAACAAGGCCUGCACGCUGCUCUUCAUGACGCUCUACUUCUUCACCAUGGCUGGAAGCGUUUGGUGGGUCAUCCUCACCAUCACCUGGUUCCUGGCGGCCGUUCCCAAAUGGGGAAGUGAAGCUAUCGAGAAGAAGGCUUUGCUGUUCCACGCGGUGGCUUGGGGCAUCCCGGGAGCCCUUACCAUCACCCUCAUGGCUAUGAACAAAAUAGAAGGCGACAGCAUUAGCGGCGUUUGUUUUGUAGGGCUCUAUGACCUCAUGGCCUUGCGCUGGUUUCUCUUGGUGCCGCUGGCAUUAGAUGUGGUCGUAGGCGUAGUGCUGCUGUUAGCGGGUAUUGCAGCGCUGAAUAGGGUCCGGAUGGAGAUUCCCCUGGAGAAGGAGAACCAGGACAAACUGGUGAAGUUCAUGAUCCGGAUCGGGGUGUUCUCCGUCCUGUAUCUGGUGCCUCUGCUGACAGUCAUUGGGUGCUAUCUGUAUGAGCAGAGCCACAGAUCAGUUUGGGAGACCACCUGGGUACAGGAGCGCUGUAGAGAGUAUCACAUCCCUUGCCCGUUUAAGGUGGAACAGACAAGCAGGCCAGAUAUCGCCUUGUUCCUCAUCAAGUACCUGAUGAUGCUGGUGGUGGGAAUCCCGUCAGUGUUUUGGGUCGGUAGUAAAAAGACCUGCUUCGAGUGGGCCAGUUUCUUCAAUGGGCAUCGCAGAAAAGACAGCGCAGUGCACGAAAGCAGGCAGGUGCUGCAGGAGCCCGACUUCACCCAGCUCCUCCUCAGGGAUCCCAACACCCCAGUGGUGAGGAAGUCUAGAGGCACCUCAACGCAGGGCACCUCCACCCAUGCCUCCUCCACGCACCUCGCCAUGUUGGACGAGCCCCCCAGUGCAAGCACCAGCCGCGCAGGCAGCAUGCGCAGCAAAUCAAGCAGCUUCCACGGCAGCCUGCACCGCUCCAGAGAUGGCAGGUACACAGCUUGCAGUUAUCGUGGUGUCGAGGAACGCACCCUGCGCCUUGAUGAUCCGCUCCAGCACUGCGGCGUCAACCGUCUCAACAGCCAUUCACGCCACGGCAGUCUGCAGCGCCUGGAGAGCCAAUCACGGCACAGUAGUGUGCGAGACCUCACCAUCACAGCACAGGCCAUCCAAAGCAGCCCUGGCAAUGGCAUUCACCGCGUUGUAGGGGAGGAUGCGACCAUGGCAUGAACUUUAACGUGGCAGCAAAUAAGAGCCCAAAUGAGUAAAGAGAACAUGGACUCUUGGAACAAACUCCUCAUGAUGGACAGCACAAAUACGAGAGAGUUCAAACAGAGAGCCAUGUGUGUUCCCGGGGAAUUGAACCUUGCAGAUAGUUGAGCUACAUGAACAAAAUGGACUUAUUGAAUUCAGAGGUUGUAAAGUUGAGUUAUGGAUUAUACCAAACACUUGAAAUCUUUUGACGUACACUACCAUUCAAAGGUUUGGGGUCAGUACUUUGUAUGUACCGUUAUCUUUUCUCAAGUAAUGUUUGUGUGGAACCUCAUAAUCAAGGGUUCCUACUUUAACAGGGUCAAGCGUAAGGGCUUUUGAUACGUUAUCAUUCUGUGAUGUUUAGGCUCUUGCUGUUUUAUACUCACAUGAUAUAAGAGUUGUUCCACUGCGGAUGUGGUUUUGAAUGUUUCUUUCCAUUGUUUAUUGCACUUUUGACCAUUUUGUAGAACAGAACUAGUGAUGAAUGCUGACAUAUCUGCUCAUUGGGGUUAAAUUUAAAUGGACGGUUCACCCAAAAAUGAAAAUUUUGUCAGAUUUACUCACCAUUGUGACAUUUCAAACAUGUAUAAUUUUCUUUUUUUCCUGUGGAAGACAAAAUUAGAAGUUUAGCAGAAUGUGCAAGCUUCUCUUUUCCAUACAGUGAUAGUGAAUAGUGGCCAAAAGCUACUAAAAAAAUUAUACAUAAAAAUAUAAACAACUUAUGUGAAUUUUUUUCCAAGUCAUCUGAUAUCUGGGGGGGUGGGGGGGGUGAAAGAAAAAACAUAUAAGUCAUUAGUUAAUCAAUAAUCAUUUCCAGUGCCAGUGUCCUGAAGCAUAAAGAGCUGAAAUUAAAAAAGCAUAAAACAAAAAAAAUAAAAAUAAUGUAGAAUAGAUAUUGUAGGCAUUUUACGAAUGGAAAUUGGCUUCUCUUUUCCAACCAAUCUCUUCUCUGUUGAGUUUUAGCACUAAUAAUAAUAGUCAAGUCAUUUUCGUGACAUUUACCGAAAACUGUGAAAAGCUUUUUGUUAACAUGCUGAGAUCCUGAGUGCUUUAUGUAGAAAAUAAAACAUCACUCUCAAAACUUUCA